AUGCCAUACACCGUCGCUGCCGUCCAAGCCCACGAAGUCUCCCGCUUGGCCGAAAUACAAUGGGCAGCUCUUCACAAUAAUCCCUUGAUUCAGGUCCUUUAUCCACGAGGUGCGACAGCUGCACUCAGCAGCUUCACGACCGAGUCGUAUAAGAGGUCUUUCACCUUUCCAUCCGCUUCGCUGAUCAAGGCUACCAAUGAUGCGACGGGGGAGAUCGUGGGAUUUGCCAAAUGGGUUCACUACCGCCAAGACGAGGACCAAGCACUACGACAGUCCUUAAGCGGCAUAAGACAGAAGAGUGAGCAAUCGGAAGGAGCGAGUGUGGCUUCACGUCGUGGCUCUGGAUGGGUCAAAGAAAAGAACUUGAUGCCGAAAAUGCCGCCAGAUUGCCAUGGCGUCCUUCUUGAAAGGUGGGGUGAUAUCAUCAAUAUUUUGGAUAUAUUACACGUCAUUCCGCUAUAUCAAAAAGCUGGUGUGGGCAUCGCCCUCAUCAAUUGGGGGGUCGAUCUAGCAGACAAGGAAGGCAUUCAAUGUUAUGUCGAGUCUUCCCCUGCUGCGCGCUCCUUAUGUGUGAAGAGGGGCUUCCAGCACCUUGCCGAAAUUAGGAUUGAGCUUGGGAAAUACAAAGAGGGUUAUCAUGACUAUAGGCACAGUGUCAUGCUCAGACCGCCACAUGGGAAAGAAGAACCCCCAAAACCGCCAUCGAAGGCAAAUCCUUUCGCCGACGAGAAAGCUGUCUCGCCUAGAUCCCCUGUCUCCCCCGUAGAGGAAGAUGAGGAAGAACCUACAUACACCGCCGAGGCCAAAUUGCUCGAAUUCAGAUCGUCCUCCUCAUUGCGAUCCGCCAAACUCAUGGAAACCCGGACCCAUUCGAGGUCCAACAAGUCCUCACAAGGCUCCAUUCAAUAUCAGAAACCGCCACCAUUACCCAAAACUCCUAGAGUCGCUUGA